CCGUGCCCGCCGGGGUGACUCCCCCGCCCGGGGCCCGCCCCGGCUCCGCGCUGAGGCGGCGGCGGAGCGCGGCGGGGCCGCCCGGCCAUGGAGCGCUACGAGAAGCUGGGCAAGGUCGGGGCUGGCUCCUACGGCGUCGUCUUCAAGUGCCGCAACAAGGACACGGGGCAGAUUGUGGCCAUCAAGAAGUUCCUGGAGUCCGAGGAGGACCCGGUGAUCCGGAAGAUCGCCCUGAGGGAGAUCCGCAUGCUCAAGCAACUCAAACACCCCAACCUGGUGAAGCUGCUGGAGGUGUUCAGGAGGAAGCGGCGGCUGCACCUGGUGUUGGAGUACUGCGAGCACACCGUGCUGCAUGAGCUGGACACGCACCCCCGCGGGGUGCCAGAGUACCUGGUGAAGAGCAUAACCUGGCAGACCCUGCAGGCUGUGAACUUCUGCCAUAAACACAAUUGCAUCCACCGGGAUGUGAAGCCAGAGAACAUCCUGAUAACAAAGCACUCGGUCAUCAAACUCUGUGACUUCGGAUUUGCUCGAAUACUUACUGGUCCCAGUGACUACUACACCGACUACGUGGCCACCCGGUGGUACCGCUCCCCGGAGCUGCUGGUGGGGGACACCCAGUACGGGCCCCCCGUGGACGUGUGGGCCAUCGGCUGCGUGUUCGCCGAGCUGCUCUCGGGGGUGCCCCUGUGGCCGGGCAAGUCGGACGCGGACCAGCUGUACCUGAUCCGCAGAACCCUGGGGGAUCUCAUUCCCAGGCACCAGCAAGUGUUCAGCACCAACCAGUUCUUCAGUGGGGUAAGAAUUCCAGACCCAGAGAGCAUGGAACCACUGGAAGUGAAAUUCCCUAAUAUUUCAUACUCUGCACUGGCUCUCAUGAAGGGCUGCCUUCGGAUGGACCCUGCGGAGAGGCAGAGCUGUGAGCAGCUGCUGCAGCACCCCUAUUUUGACAGCUUCAGGGAGGCGGCAGAGCUGGGCAAAGAACACGAGAAGGGCGCUCGCAGACCAGCCAGGCUGACUCGGAAGCACAUGCCAGGGUUACAGCACCUGCCUCAGCUGACCUGCAGCAAAGUUCUCCCAGCUCUGGACAGCAAGAAGAACUGCUGCAAAACAAGGAAAUCAAAGUACCACUUCCCAAACAUCUGACCAGGUGGCACAUCAAAAGUUGUUCAGAGUCAUCCAGGAUUUAUAAAUGGAGGAUACGCAGUGAAAAACUCAAUUACUAAAAAUUAUGGCGUGCACAGUGAUCCAUCCUCUGCUCUGGGUCACUGAUGGAGAGGAAGUGAUGCAAAAAGAACUCCAAGCUCAUCUUAGUGUUCUGUGUACAAAGGCAAAUGCAUUCUGCUUUAAUUCCUGACUGCCUCCUGGUUCAGGAUUACCCCAACCCAGUGCUUGCAGUAUGAAAUUUAAAACUCUGUCUCUGCAUUUCAGACUUGGCAGGAGAACUCUGCCUUGCCAAAUUCACCAGUCCCUCCUGCCUGAGGCUGGGCUGAGCCCCUGCUCUGAGGAGCUGUGCCUGUGGGUGCAGCCCAGGCUGGGAGGGGCUGCCUGGCUGCUGCAGGGAGCGCUCAGCUCCAGAGAGGCACCGGGCUCGCUCCUGCCCUUGCAGAGCUCAGAGGUCUCCAGGUGCUGCUCGGGCUUCAGAGGCUCCACAGGCACCAGGAGAACAGAGCAACAUCCCUGCUGAUUCUUUAGUCUUUCCAGAGCUUCUCCUGCAAGUUUCAUCCUUGAAUUCUGCUUCUGACAAGAGUGAGGGCACUUGCUUGUAGUCACAAAAAUUAUUUUAUCAAAACUAAUCAUGAAUAUAAUUUAUAACAAUGGCCAGAUACAGGCAGGAAUUCUACCUAAGUGUUUGUAUUAGAACGACUGGGGUUUGUAGAAUCUCAGAACGUAACAUUGUAAUGAUUUUGAAUAAAAGAAAUGUAACUUUUUCCAAUUUACUGGAGCUGUUUUGCUAUAUAAAACUUUACUACUGGGCAAGAACAUCCUCUUUUUACUGACACAGCAAAGAUGUUUUGCCAGGACAUUUUGUGUUCCACAGCAGUAAAAGCCCUUUCAGUGGGACAGAUGCUAUGUCCUGUGUGUGCCUGUUGGCCUUCUGUUUCCUUGCACAUGGAAAACCAUCUCUGAGACAGCACCGUGCAUCUGACUGCUUGGAGUUGUUGCCUUCUGCCCUUCCCUGCCUCAAAACCAGGGAUUUGUGUGAAAAUGCUGUGCUGUCCCUGAAGAUGAGCCAUUCCCACUGCGCUGGCACCAGUGAGGCUUCACCGCCAGUCCUGGGGCAGUUGUGAGUCUCACAACAAAGGCAUUGAGGGGCUGCAGCGUGUCCAGGGAAGGGCACGGAGCUGUGAAGGGCUGGAGAAUUCCCGAGGGAGCUGGGAAGGGGCUGAGCCUGGAGCACAGGAGGCUCAGGGGGGACCUUGUGGCUCUGCACAGCUCCUGCCAGGAGGGGACAGCCGGGGGGGUCGGGCUGUGCUCCAGGGAACAGGGACAGGAGGAGAAGGAAUGACCUCAAGUUGCACCACAAAGCUUUAGGUUUGAUAUUGGGGAAAAUUCCUUAAUGGAAGGGUUUGUCCAGCCCUGGCACAGCUGCCCAGGACAGUGCUGGACUCACCAGCCCUGCAGGGAUUUAAAAGCUGCAUGGAUGUGGCACUUGGGGACAUGGGUCACCGGUGACCUUGGCAGUGCUGGGGGAACCCCUGGAACUCCAGGGAUCUCAGAGGACUUUUCCAACCCCAGCAAUUCUCAAUGACUCUUAUUUAUCAGGAGGGAUGAGAUGCAACUCCAGAGCUGCACAGAACUGCUGCAGUCCAUCAGCACACACCAAAAACGUGCUCAAGGCUGUGUCCAAGAGCUGCUGCUCCUGCACAAAGAGCCGAGUCCCUUCAGCAGCUCAG